AUGAAAUAAUAGAUUAAAGAAUAUUACGAAUUAGAAGAAUUUUUAAGCUCUUCACUUUUAUCUCAUUAGAUUCUUGAAAUUAAUCUCAAUAACAACUAAAUUGGUGAUGAAGGUGCAUCAGGCUUAGGUUCUGCUUUAGAAAAUUGCAAAAAUCUCUCAAAUUUGACACUUUGUCUUGGUUACAAUAAAAUUGGUGAUUAAGGUGCAUCAGGCUUAGGUUCUGCUUUAGCAAAUUGCAUUAAUCUCUCAAAUUUGACACUUUACCUUUUUCAAAAUUAAAUUGGUGCAAUGGGAGCAUAAGGCUUAGGUUCUGGUUUAGCAAAUUGCAUUAAUCUCUCAAAUUUGACACUUGAUCUUUAUAACAAUAAAAUUGGUGAUGAAGGUGCAUCAGGCUUAGGUUCUGGUUUAGCAAAUUGCAUUAAUCUCUCAAAUUUUACACUUUAGCUCGAUCAAAAUUAAAUUGGUGCAAUGGGUGCAUAAGGCUUAGGUUCUGGUUUAGCAAAUUGCAUUAAUCUCUCAAAUUUGAUACUUGAUCUUAGUAACAAUAAAAUUGGUGAUGAAGGUGCAUCAGGCUUAGGUUCUAGUUUAGCAAAUUGCAUUAAUCUCUCAAAUUUUACACUUUAACUUCGUUACAAUUAAAUUGGUGCAAUGGGUGCAUCAGGCUUAGGUUCUGGUUUAGCAAAUUGCAAAAAUCUCUCAAAUUUGACACUUCGUCUUGAGUAAAAACAGUUUAUUUGUUUUGGAUUGUGA